AUAUGAAAAUGAAGGGCAACUUAACCAUAUAGAAAUUUCCAAAGAAAUUAUCCGAAUCGGGGCCUAUAAAUAAGGCUAUCCACAUUGUACGCAUGUCCAGUUCGAACCCGUUUCUGUCAUCUUCUCUGCGAAAUUUUCUUGCGAUUUCUGUUAUUUUCUUUCUCAACAAACAAUGGACGCGUUCUCUUCGUUCUUUGAUUCUCAAUCGAGAGGCCGAUGGAGUUACGAUAAUCUGAAGAAUUUCCACCAGAUCUCUCCGAUCGUUCAAACUCAUCUCAAAAAGGUUUAUUUGACUCUAUGUUGUGCACUGAUUGCCUCUGCUUUUGGGGCUUAUCUUCAUAUAUUGUGGAACAUUGGGGGUUGCCUCACAACAUUUGCAUGCUUUGGAACCAUGAUUUGGCUCCUCUCCACUCCUCCUUAUCAAGAGCAAACAAGGGUUUCUCUUCUGUUGACAUCUGCAGUGUUUGAAGGGGCUUCAGUUGGUCCUCUAAUUGGCUUGGCCAUUCAUAUUGACCCAAGUGUUUUGGUAGCUGCAUUUGUGGGAACAGCGUUGGCCUUUGUAUGUUUUUCAGGAGCUGCUAUGUUAGCAAGGCGCAGAGAAUACCUUUACCUUGGUGGUUUUCUUUCAUCUGGUGUGUCCAUGCUUCUCUGGUUGCAUUUUGCUUCCUCUAUCUUUGGCGUUUCCACAGCCCUUUUUAUGACUGAGAUCUACCUUGGGCUUUUGGUGUUUGUGGGCUACAUGGUAGUGGACACACAAGACAUAAUUGAAAAGGCACACUUGGGUGACCUGGACUAUGUGAAGCAUGCCCUUACCCUUUUCACUGAUUUUGUUGCUGUAUUUAUUCGCAUUCUGGUAAUCAUGUUGAAAAAUUCAGCUCAGAAGGGUGAGAAGAAGAGGAAGAAGAGGAGUGACUAAAUCUUGAAGCAGUACCUGGGAAGUUUUCUUACUCAUCUAGCCUAUCUUGAAAAGAUGAAGUCAGUCGUGAAUACAAGUUGUUUUCUUACUAUGUGUACUAAAGCAUCACGAAUAUAUACGGAUAAGAUAGGUCCUGCUGUUUAUUUUAUUUGAAUAAUCUUUUACUUGACAACAUUUGUUUCAAGUUAAUCUGGUUUAAGCCUAUUAUCCAAUUGAGUUCCAGUGA